CCAGCACCAAGUAUCAUGUCUCUCACUUUAUUAUUGCUCAUGUAAUCGUGCAAAAAGGCCCCAUGUCCCGCACCGUCAUGCGCACAAGCUCAGUAGUGCCAGAGAGACUCCAGAGUGGUGGAGAAAAAGAGAAACGAAAAAAGAGAAAGAAGCACAGAGACGGAAAACCGAGGGUCGAACAUGUCCCUCUGGCAUAUAAUAUUAUCCACGCGUGCGCGGGCUCUUUCGGCAACGAUCAGCUGGAGGUAGUGUGUCGACGUCGAAGAAGUGUACAACAGCCAGUGGCGCCGCGCAACCCGUCGGCACCAUUUCUUUAUUUACUCUAUUUUUUUGUUCUGUUUUUCUUUUAAGAAAAAGCCUGUGUACAAAACGUAAAAUAUACUCGUUAGUCGUCAGGGCGAGUUUGAAUAAUAAAAAAAAACGUCUAAGGUUGAGGUAAGAGAUUGCACUGAGGUGAAUUUGUGGACUAAAAAGGAGUGAGAGCGACGUAUGCGUCGUUUUCGAGUUGUACGAUGAGACGACGAGGGACGAGAAAAUUGUAUCGUCGUUUCCUCAAACAGUCCGGUCAUUCGGUGUCCUCGACACUGGAGGACGACACCGAAGAGACGGCUGCUGAACAUUUGGGGAAUAACAUCAGUAUUCAAUAAGGUAUUAUUUGUUUACACGAGACCUAUGAUACCGAGGAUGUAUGUGUGAGGAAAGGAGAGUGAGACAGAGAGACACGAGUCCUGUACGCAAUCGCAGGGAUUGCCCCACGUGAAAUAAUGGCAUCUCAUGGGAACGCCUUGAUUUCACUGUUUUUCAUCGGGGCUUUGUUUAUUUCCGUUUGUGGACGCACCUAUGAGACACGAAGAUCAACCGGCGAUGGUAUCGCUGGAGCAUCAGCUAUCAAUGAACUGCCCAUGCAUGGACCCAGCGCUGAUAAUCAGGGAUUGCCCAGCAAUCUUGGUGAUGCUUAUCCUGGAAAAAAUUUUGGACCCAUGGGACCCGUUGACAGAUCUUUUCCGGGUGGUGCAUCCAGAAAUCUCGCUAAUGGGGGCGAUGAUCCAGGAAGUCCUACUACUGCUGUCAAGACACCCAGGCAGUAUGAGGUGUUCAAGGUUGAAUUUCCUAGAGUGGAAACACCAUUUGUCAUCGGCAUCUGGAUAUUCUUUGCUAGUUUGGCGAAGAUUGGAUUCCACAUGGCACCAAGAUUGAGCAAAAUAUUUCCUGAGUCGUGCCUCCUGAUUGUCGUUGGCGUUGUAAUUGGUGUACUACUGUUUCAAGCCAGUGAAGUGCAUGUAUCACCAUUGACACCAGACACAUUCUUCCUGUACAUGCUUCCACCGAUAAUUCUCGAUGCCGGCUACUUCAUGCCAAAUCGAUUAUUCUUCGAUCAUCUCGGUACAAUCCUGCUAUUCGCUGUCCUUGGCACUAUAUUUAAUACAUUAUCUAUUGGUGCGUCACUUUGGCUCCUGGGACAGAGUGGACUCUUCGGAUGUGAUACACCGCUGCUUGCCAUGUUUCUAUUUUCCGCACUGAUAAGCGCAGUCGAUCCAGUUGCGGUUCUAGCUGUCUUCGAGGAGAUUCAUGUCAAUGAAAUUCUGUACAUUGUUGUGUUUGGCGAGAGUCUACUUAAUGAUGCCGUCACUGUCGUGUUGUAUCACAUGUUUGAGACGUACAAUGCCAUGGAGGCAUCCAGCAUCACGUAUGUGGAGAUACUGUCAGGGUUUGCGUCAUUUAUCGUUGUUGCUAUUGGGGGAACGGUUAUUGGUGUUAUAUGGGGAUUUGCAACUGGUUUUGUCACGAGGUUCACUCAUCAAGUGCGAGUUAUUGAACCAAUUUUCAUCUUCGUUAUGGCGUAUCUCGCUUACUUGAAUGCUGAAAUAUUUCACAUGUCUGGAAUACUGGCCAUCACAUUCUGCGGUAUAACGAUGAAAAAUUAUGUGGAGGCUAAUAUAUCCCACAAAUCCCAUACAACCGUAAAGUAUACGAUGAAAAUGUUGUCAAGUAGCUCGGAAACAAUUAUCUUCAUGUUCCUGGGGGUGGCAACAGUUAACAAUCGUCACGUAUGGAAUACGUGGUUCGUCUUUAUGACGAUAUUUUUUUGCUCAGUUUAUCGAAUACUCGGCGUACUGCUGCUCACAGCGGUGGCUAAUCGAUUUCGCCUGCACAAACUCGACAAGGUGGAAAAGUUUGUAAUGUCGUAUGGAGGUCUGAGGGGUGCUGUGGCAUUCGCCUUGGUACUUCUCAUCGAUCCCAAGCACGUGCAACUGCAGCCAAUGUUUGUUACAACUACCAUUGCAGUUAUAUAUUUCACAGUUUUCAUUCAGGGAAUAACAAUCAAGCCAUUGGUGAGAAUACUUAAUGUCAAGAGAGCGGAAAGAAAGAAGCCAACCAUGAACGAGAGAAUACACGAGAGGAUUAUGGAUCAUAUAAUGGCGGGUGUCGAGGAUAUCCUGGGGAAGCAUGGAAAUUAUCACGUGAGGGACAAAUUCAAGCGUUUUGACACGAAAUUCAUUCGCCCAUACUUGGUCCGUGAUCACUGUGGCGCUGAACCCAAGAUACUGGAAACCUAUUCAAAGCUAGCUAUGAAAGACGCUAUGGAUUACAUCCGUCGUAAUGCUUCGACAAUAGGAAACAUAAGUGGCACGGAGAGUAUGUCCGCCAUAUUUCGAAACUACAGCAAUACUGGCCACUUCAACUCCAGUCCCAGUUGCAGCCAGCUCGAGAGUGGUUGGAACAUAGACCUCCAGGAGUUGGAGUACUACCCCUCGAAGAAAGACCUAACGGACGCUAAAAUCCACCAUCUCCUGGCUGAGGAGCUAUGCAAACCGUACAAAAGGGUAAAACAUCGUCGGCUAAGCUACAGUCGUCACGCGGUCAAUGACCGCGACCUGUCGACCCAGGUCAAUUACAAAAUGCACAUGAACAUUCGUCGUAUGAUGGGUGAGCACAAACACAGGCACAAACGCAGCAAAAAGUUGAUCAAGGAUGGGACAAAGCAGAAUCACGUGAGUUUCCCGGAAUUGCAGCAACAGAAUGGCUCGACAAAAUUAUUCUCCCAAGAUUACAUCAACGGGAUUUUGUACGAAACCGAGGACGGUGAGGAGGUAAAGCCCUCUGACAAUCCGGAUUGGGACUCAGCUAUUACCUUCACAGCCCGCAGUACAGAUUCAAAUCCACAUGGUGAGAGCUCUCAUCAUGAUAAUGGUAAUGACGAUGAUACUGAUGUCGAUGAGGACACUGAGAUGGGAAUUGUGAGGAGGCAAAGGGGUGAGUCUGAGGGUGAACCUUUCAGGGUAACAACACCCACUGCCAUUGAAACAAUGUUACCGUGGAAACGUGAGGAUGAUUACGACACUGGGAGGCCUGUUAAACAGAAUGAAUUUCCACCCUGGUGCUCCAAUAAAGAGUACAUCGCUUACAGUUCACCUUCAGCAACAUUUUUAGGUGGAAUCGAGCAACCGAAAAGUCAAUCGGUUAUCGGUUAUUUCCGUAAAGACAGUAUGGUCUCUCCCGACAUAUCGGGCUACCCAGAUCCCGAUGAGAGCGAUGAGAUAGAGGCGAUGGACUCAAAGCACUGCGAGCUUUCCUCAGGGCCAGAUAACGCCAGAAGUGUUAAGAGACGUGGCUCACUGAUGGAACUCAGUUCAGCCGAGUCAAUAAACAAAGAGAAACUCAACAAUGGCUCCCACUCAUUACCGGAAUACUGGAAUACCCAGAGAUUGCGUUUACAAACGACAUUUCCCUGUUCAACUACAAAAGCACCUAGUCUAUCGACAGCACUGAUAUCAUCAUCAACAGAGUCAUCGGAUGAUUACGAGGAGGAAUGACCGUGGAUAGAGACGUCUUCCACAGAGGGGCGUCAACGGCGAGGAAGUGACCUUCGCUCGGUACUGUCGGGCCUGUUCCGUCGACCGAGUGCUCCUGUAUGAUUUUAAAUACCAAUAUAACGAUAAUAUGAAGAAAUUCAAUAGAAUAUUCAAAUUCUUUUGGAAAUUCCAUUCGUUUUCUCCAGGUUCUAUUGGAAAUUCAAUCGUCUUUUAAUUUUUUUUAUUCAUUUAAAGAUAUGUUUGCAGCUGAAUAAUAAAUUUAGAAAUUUUAAUUACACUCAAUGAGACAUUCGCUGGAGUUUCUAUUGAGCUCUUCAACGCGGCGACUUGGUGAAUAGAAAAAUUGCAUUAGUUAAAAUAUCUAAAUUCUUUUGCAAAUUCAAAACUGUUUCUAUUGAAAGUUCUACUGUUGCUGCAUUUUUUUCACACAAUUAUGUUUUUUUAUGUCGAAAAAGCAUGGAACUUAAUUUUUUCAGUGGAACACGUUUAGAAUUUUUGAUAACAUCAUUUCCUAUUUCAUUGUGAUAAUUGUUAAUAUUUGUUGAGUCUUUCGAUUGAAUUUUUCAACCAAAUGAUUGACGAAAUAGAGCAAUAGUUGCUCCGAAAAAUAGGUCACUGAUUUUUUUUUUCAAUAAAAAAAAUUGUUGAAGUCUGCAACUGAAAGAUUCCACAAAUACAAAAAUAAUAAUAAAAAGAUUUGAAAAAAGGUUUGCAAAUGAAUGAUUUCAUUUAGUGUUGAAAUGUAUAAAAAUCUUUGGAAUUUUUGAAAGAAUUCUGUCGAACUUUUUCAUACCUCGUGAUAUAUUAUUUUUUCACUAAUUGUUCAAUGAGAUGAGAAUGAAGUUCUGAUAUGGAUUGAUCAACACAAUACCUGCAUUAAGAGUCAAUGGAAUCAAUAAUUUAUCAUAUUUUUCGCUGAUGAUGGCAGGAGGUGGAUUCUUAUGCCAUAGAAAUGAAUUCUCGAUAAUAUUUUUUCAAACGUCGUUGAUAACGGAGUAAAAACUAUCGGACGCCUAUUCGGUAUAAUUUAUUCUGUUAUCGUACACAAUUGCAGGAUUUUUUUAAACCGAUAAAUUGGUUUAAUUUAUUUAAAAAGGCAGAUUUUGUUUUCAUUUGAUUGGAGAAUUGUAUAUGUGAAAUAUUCAAAUUGUAGUUAGAUUACGUAAUUAUUACAAGUCUGUGGGCACCGCGAGCCACGCUGACACGGGUGCCUUUAAUUAAAACCAGACGAGUGUUUUGGUUACACGUGAGUCCAUUAAAAUCAGUGAUAAUUUUACAAUUUUAACAGCUUUUUUCAUUGAUUACCUGCGACGAAAUGCAAUGGCAACCAUAUUUACUGAAAAAUCCUAUUGGAAUUAUAGCAGAAACUAAUGGAAUUUGGAAUAUAAUUCCUACAGGCUUUUUCUAUUCUUCUAUAAAAAUUUCUCGUACGUGCAAUGAAAAGAGUUAAUAUUGAGUCAUUGAGUUAUGCCGAAUGCCAUAUCGUAUUGCUAUCACAAGAAAGUUCCAAAAUCAGUGAUCGUUACGAACGAUUUUUCUAAUCCUCUCAAUAAUGUAAUUGAUCGACCCAGUUCCAUGGCUGGCUAUCGAUUUUAUUUUUAGCCCACUUUAGAAAGUUGAGAUGAACUAAAUGAAUUAACAACCACCCACUGGUUGAACUAAAUAAAAGCGCAAUUAUUUAAUUGCGAAUUUUUAAUUUUAGGGAUAAUAGUUGAACAAUUUUUCCUAUUCAGUUAGUAUUGAUUUGCUUGAACGGAGGUUAAUUGGAGUACAAAGCAGCCAGAAUGGCAUAAUGUGAAUACGAAUUGGGGCAAUCAUCAGUGGGAAUGCGCCAUUGUAGAUAAUAUAAAUAAUUCCGGAAAAAAAACGAAAAAAUUGCUGGAAAAUUAGACGACGACCAGAAUAGGUGAUUACGCUCGAUUAGUCUUUACGCUGUUGAUUUGUUAAAUAAAUGUUUAUUUCGUAA